AUGGCCAGUUCCUUCCCGCCUAUCUUUCACCGGGCCAUGAUCCCCGACCUCAGGGCCCCGGAGGAGUUGAGACAAGGCGAUGCCGAUGCCGAGGAAGCUGCAGAGGAUGCUGAAAACCAGGUCUGGCAGGCCAAGGUCACAGCACUCCGAGCCCAGCUGGAGGCAGACCAGAAAGCUGUGAAGAGCAUGGCUGCCGGCCACAAGGUCUUGCGUGACCAGCUGGACUGGAUGCGGCACCAACGCCGGAGCUUGGAGAUCGAGCGUGCGACAACCCUGGUUGGCCUGUACACCGGCUGGUUCCAUCCGGUGCUUAAUUGCCGAAAUUUGAGCGAAGCUGCGGCCUGCUACCAGGAAAAGGACUUUGCUACUUGA